AUGGCUGCCAACGAAAAAAUACUCAAGUUAAAUUCUAAUCAGAUACAAGAACUUCGACAAGCAUUUACUUUAUUUGAUACAGAUCAUAGUGGUAGUAUAUCAGUAUCUGAGUUGAAUCAAGUACUUCAUGCAUUGGGUGUUUCUAUAUCUGCUCAAGAAGUUCGACAGAUGUUUUCAGCAAUCGAUGUCGAUAAAAAUGGUCGUAUUGAAUUUGAAGAAUUUGUUGAAAUAGUAGCAGAUACAUAUUUUAAAAAAUUUUCUCGCGCUGAAAUUCUCGAAGCAUUCAGUAGAUUCGAUCGUAAUAAUGAUGGUUACAUUGAAGCUAACGAAUUAAAAGAAAUUUUAGAUCGACUAGGAAGACAAUGUUCGAAUGAAGAAAUUCGUCGUAUGAUUGCUCAAAUUGAUCGAGAUGGAAAUGGAAAAAUUUCAAUUGAAGAAUUUGCUGCACUUGUUGAAAGAGAAUCUUGA